AUGGCGCCUGGGACAGUCCUCUCCGCCGGACCGCUCUGCCCCUGGCGUCUGCGGCGCGUUUCGGCGCUGGCCGUAGUCUUCUUGGCGCUCGCCGCCGUCGACUCGCGAGCGAACGUGAUUCGGAAGAUCACGUUCGAGAGCUGCGACUCGCGCAACCAGAAAGUGAUUCUGACGGUGAACCCCGGCGACUCGCUGUUCAUUCGCUGCGCCGGCGCCGUGAACCCGGUGCCGAAGCACAUCAACGUCGCCUGCUGCCACGACACCGGUGCGCGCUGCACGGAGGAGACUGAGAAGACGUACCAAGAGACCUUUCCCUCGGCGCCGCCCGAGUUCAUUUUUUCGUACGGAGACGGCAUCAACAGUGCGUGGCAACUGAAGAUCCCAGAAAGCACCAAGGCGCCUUACCCCUCCUUCAGCGUCGGCUGGCAGGGCCCGCCCUCCUCGCUCGUGAACAACGGCGUCCGCACCGCGCCUCAGACAACUGUCGUCAUCCGCGUCGAGGAAGCGAUGGACUCCGAAAUCCUGGUCUCCAUCACCUCCACCAUCUCGAGGUCUGCCGCCCCCGCCUCCACGCUCGCCGGGUCGAAGCAGAAGGAACUGCUGCGCGGCGGAGUCCUCGCGGCGCUCGGCUUGCUCGUCUCCUUGGCCGCGGGCGGGCGCUGGGAGCGGGGCUAG